AUGGCGGACGUAGGCGUCCCCCUCUUCCCAUCUCUCCGCCACCCCCAGCCUCACGCUGAACCCCUCCCAAGACAACCAGCCCCCCAUGUCACCCCAGAACCUACCACCCGCACAGGACUAGGACUAUACCGCCCCUCCUCAUUCUACAACCCCCACCACCCGGCCCCUGACCCCUCAAACGAUGAUGAUGAAGCAGCGAGUGACACGGGGUCCUGCCGCUCGCGCGCUUCUGCCCCGAGUCUUCUGCCUACCAGCAGGUGGACGGGUUCGCAAUACUUUCGGCUUCGCAAGGAUCAAGGGGAGGAUGUGGAGAGGCCGAGGUCGGCGCCGGGGGUGAUGGCGGUGACGCAAGAGUUGUUUGGAUUUGGAGAGACGAGGGUGGGAUCGCCGGGGGAGGAGGAUGUUUUGAUGGCUGAGGGGUUGUGGGGCGUUGGGUCGCUACCGGACGUGCAGGAGCAGCAGGACAAGUAUACUGGAAAUAUCUCGAGGAAGCGGUCUGAUUCGGUACCACCACUUGCUGGGGAAGAGCUUGAAUGGAAGGAUGGAACGGGGUCGUCCUCAGAGGCCGGUCUGACAGUGCCGCUGCAGUAUGAUUCUUCUCUCUCAUCUUCUGCCACUCUCCUCAACACCUCUAUGGGACCGUCUCCAACGCCCACCUUUGUGGACCUCAUCAACACCAACCCAAACUCAACUCAAGACAAUCCAGACUCCCAUCCCGCCUCGGACAGCAACGACAAACCAAGUAUCAAGACCACCCCAAACGUCAAAGCAAGCAAGAAGCACGGAAGAAGGCUAGGGGCGAAGGAGAGGAAGAAGAUGUCCAUGAGGAAUAUGCGAGAGAGGGGUAAGAAGUUGGAAAUAAACGAGGAGGAGGCGCGGGGUGGAGAGCAGGGACGAGGAAAUAUGGUUGAUGAGCUUCCUUCCCUCAGCUCCGACCUGUCGUUCCCUACUCCAGGGUCCGCCUACGACAGUCGAUACUCUUCUACUUCGAGUGAUGCGCAAGUUGUCAGUGCCAACGACACCUCAAAGACUUUUCAAAAUCAGACUACCAUCUCGACAGCGCCCACUACGAUACACGACCAAGCCACACCUGAUCCGGAGCAAGAGGUCGAUGGAGCUUCUCGACAGACUACCCUGGAGGACACGCAAGUCAAAGACAAUAGUGCGGAAGUCGACAAGACGGGGCAGCAACCAAAAACGAGCGUGAAGAAGAGCUCACCGGCAAAAGAAAAGAAGGAUCUGAAGCGAGAGAUGAGAUUGGCGCCAACAAACACACUCGAAAGAGCUCGAAUCAACUACACCUACAACGAACUCUCCAACACCCACUGGUACUACACCACCGAGCAACCCCAUCUCAAGACCUUCAAAACCCGUUUCUUCGCUCGGCGUUUCAUUCCUCAAGGCAAGAUAUUCAUGUGGGAACGAAUGUUUACAUGUCUUCCUGGCGAUCUCAAAGGUCUUGAAGAACGCCACGCAUAUCAGGCUAUACCCAAGGACCUUCGGCCGCAGUUUGAACGGUUACCGGAUAAUACGAAAGGGAUAGGUUUUUGGCGAGGCCGACUGCUGAGCAACUCGUUCGUGUCGGAGGGCAAGUAUGGUUAUAGUGGUAGACGUGCGAGAUGUGUUUUUGAAAAGAUGGGGAGGGUACCGAGGAGCUGUCAGUGGAAUGCGAGGGUGCUGAUGGAUCCGAGAGAGCAAGCUGGUUAUCUCCUAGCGCUUCACGAUAUCCCACCCGACACGGAAAUCUUCAUUCGAUGGGAUGAAUACUUCAACAGCGAGAUCCCUCUCGACUUUAAACCCUAUCACUUUACCUGCUCUUGUUCCAUCUGCGCCUCUCCAAACAAACCCGCCAACAAGCACAUACGUGAGCAGCGACUCGUUUUUAUCAAGCUCUUCAACGACGUCAUGGUCGGCCAGCUUCAGCUUCAGCUUGGCGCUGCUGCAGAUCCUCUCCCCCAGCUGUGCCGAAUCGAGUACGCCAUCGAGAUUGCGGUGAAACAGGGGUAUAGAGAGUCUUUGGAAAUGGUGUAUGCUGCUGGAUGGAGCUUGGCGGCGCAGUGCUGUGCGGAGGACUGUAUCCUCGCAUGGGCAGCCGGUGUAAGGAAUUUGAGCCUCCUUUUCAUGGGAGAGACGUUGGGGGAACGUAGGGAUAUCAAAAUAACGCUGGAGAGAUAUACGGAGGGAAAUGUCGACGAAUGGGGCCUUUUGGGGCAGUUCAAGAUUCGGGGUCCGAACAGAGAAAUAGUCAAGCCAAUAUUCGACAAAUUCAGCUGGGAAGACUAUGAGGAGAUCAGACGGUCCCGAUCCCCCGACGAUCCCAUUAGGCCUGUGAUCGUGGCGGUCAAUCCGUCUACUGGCCUUCUUCCGGACCUUACGCUGGACGAGCUGGCAGCGUUUAUUGAUGGCGAUGCUGAAAAGAAGGAGAAAGAGAUGGAGAGUAAGGCAAAGGCAAAGGUGGGCAAGAAGAAGUCGAGGAAGAUGCGAGGCUGA